GUCAGUGUUGGAUAUUUAAAAACAUGAAGUUGGUAACGUGUGAGAUUGCAUGGCACAACAAGGAGCCAGUCUACAGUCUGGACUUCCAGCACAGCUCAGAUGGACGCCUUCAUCGGCUGGCCACAGCUGGAGUGGACACCACAGUCAGACUGUGGCGGGUAGACACGGGCCCAGACGGGAAGGCAGUGGUGGAGUUUCUGUCUAAUCUGGCGAGACAUACCAAGGCUGUCAACGUAGUGCGUUUUAGCCCCAGUGGAGAGCUCCUUGCCUCAGGAGGAGAUGACGCAGCGAUUCUGCUGUGGAAGCUCAAUGACUCUAAAGAGCCCGAGCAGACACCCGUUUUCCAGGAGGACGAAGAUGCUCAGCUCAACAAGGAGAGCUGGUCUGUGGUCAAGACAUUAAGGGGACACAUAGAGGACGUGUACGACAUCUGCUGGACACGGGAUGGAAACUCCAUGGUGUCUGGGUCUGUCGACAACACUGCUAUUAUGUGGGACAUUAACAAAGGACAGAAGCUGUGUAUCUUGAAUGACCAUAAGAGCUACGUGCAGGGGGUGACCUGGGAUCCUCUGGGUCAAUAUGUAGCCACUCUCAGCUGCGACAGAGUGAUGCGUGUGUACAGCACUCACACCAAGAAGAAAGCCUUCUGUAUCAGUAAAAUGAGCUCUGGGCCACUCGCAGAGGGAGAGGCCAAGCCGUACAGAAUGUUCCACGAUGACAGCAUGAGGUCAUUUUUCCGACGUCUUUCAUUCACACCAGAUGGGUCUUUCUUGCUCGCUCCAGCUGGAUGUGUGGAGAUCGGAGAAAACAUCAUAAAUACCACCUACAUCUUUUCCAGGAAGAGUCUCAAGAGGCCUAUCGCCCACUUGCCGUGUCCAAGUAAAGCUACACUGGCUGUGCGCUGCUGCCCCGUCUACUUUGAACUGAGGACCAAGACGGAAGAAGAUGGUUCAGUUCAGGCUCUUCCCAACGUAUUCCAGUUGCCAUACCGCAUGGUGUUUGCUGUGGCAUCUGAGGACUCCAUCUUCUUGUAUGACACGCAGCAGACGCUUCCUUUUGGCCUGGUGUCCAACAUCCACUACCACACACUCAGCGAUCUCACAUGGUCUCGUGACGGUUCCUUCCUGGCUGUGUCCUCCACAGACGGCUACUGCUCCUUCCUGUCCUUCUCUCCUGGGGAGCUGGGCACUCCGCUGAAGGAGCCCCCCACCCUGGAGUUCUUUGUCCCAAACGCUGGUGUUGAGAAAAAGGGCAAGAAGUCGACGGCGGCCAGGACCUCAUCUCCUUUGACCCAGCCACCAAGCUCAGCCCCGACUCCCACAUCCCAAACCGGCCUUGCCAAAGAUGCCCCCUCCGUCACCCCGCCAGAGGAGAAGAAAAGCACCCCGAGUGCCAAGUCUAAACCUCAGCCCCGUAGGAUCACCCUCAACACCCUGGAGGGCUGGGGGAAGCCCUCUAGCCCUAAAACCACAGCUCCUUCAGCUCCUUCAGCUCCUUCAGCACCUCAGACCCCAACAUCUGCCAGCAAAAGCACACCCUCUACUCCCCAACCCCGUCUCACCCCUCUCACCCCUACCAACUCCUCCACAACCCAGCCACGCAUCGCCCCCCUCACUCCCUCCACCCCUAAAGCCCUCAACAGUGCUAAUAAUGCUGGGUCCACUACUCCUAAGGGCACAACCACCCCGAAGGGUCCCACACCAAGGAGAGUAUCUCUGACUCCCAUUGCAUCCCGAUCUCCGGCUGUUAGUUCACUCUUCCGCACUCCCUCCUCCACUGAGAAGGCCAAACAUGAACGUCCUUCUCCUCCCUCUGAUCCAGUGUGCCAGCCUCCAGAAUCCAAGCGGCCCAAGACCAGUGAGCCCCCAGUAAAGACCAGUACCACCCAGACUUAGUGUCUAAUAGGAAGAGUGUGGUGCUGGGAUAUCAGAAAAGAGUACGUACAGCAGAGAGUGUCAGUGAAAGAAGCUUCAGUAUAAAACCACUGAGGUUCCCCAUGGAUGCAACAACGCCACAGUGCGAUAGCAUCGUGUGUGUGUUGGUUGAUAUUGUCUGUACUUGAUUUAACUAAAUUAAGCUUUAACAUCACAUAAUGUACAUUGUUUUAAAAACAAACCGCAUUGCAGUAAGUGUCCUUGAAUUAAUACUUAUUUUAGUCAUGUGUGUGUUUUUAUGUCAUACAGUAAACAGGUAAUUGUCUUAUAUUUGUUUGACAUGUAGAUGCUCAAGUGAUGUUGUACAAAAGGAAAGUUCUGUCUGUUCUUUUCAAGAACAUGUGAUUGUGAAACAAACGGCUCAAAACCUGAAGAAGAAAAAGCACCUCAAGGUUUAGUGCCUUGUGAGAGCUUUGAGUCUUCAUUUUCUGUAGACUGCAGGCCAGCAGCUUGAGUGAGAAGUCUUUUUCUCAUUGUCUAAUAAAGGAUGUUUCAUAUACAGUG